AUUCUGAAAGCUAUAAAUCACAAGACCAAGCAUGCAGAAUAGUCCAAUUAGACUUAGAGAAAGAGUCACGUUACACGAACCCGUUUUUAACAUGUUUAUUGAUUAAUUCUACCAAAAUGUAUUAUUGCGCAGCAGGCAACAAGCGCCGACGAAUGCGGGCAGCACUUCUCAAUUCUAACCUGUUAGCUAGUGCCGUCGGUCGCUCAAACACAUCAUUUUAGCACCCGGUUUUGAACUUAGCUCCAUACAUCAUAUCUCGUCUGGAAUUCGAGCAUAAUGGCUUCUGAUCCCCAUAAGCUGACAUCCAAAAAGAUUUGGGUGCCAUUAGAAAACAAUCCUGACGUGAUGACUCGGUUAGCUCAUAGGCUUGGUCUUUCGCCAGAACUCAGCUUCCACGAGCCAUAUUCUUUGACGGAGCCAGAGCUCAUGGCACUAGUCCCACGCCCGGUGUUCGCGUUGUUGUUUCUAUACCCCGAAGAUGCACUUGAGAGCCGGAAUGACUCUCCUUUUGAGUACAGUGGCUCUGGACCUGACGAACCAGUUUUGUGGUUUAGGCAAACUAUAGGACACACUUGUGGUUUUAUGGGUCUGAUGCAUUGUGUCCUCAAUCUCCCGGCUGCCGACUACAUUCAACCCGGCAGUUUCUUUGAUAGACUUCGAAACGACGCCAUACCUCUCAAACCAGCAGAGCGUGCUGAUCUGAUAUAUAAUUCAGAAGAGUUGGAAGAGAUAUACAAGCAAGCAGCACAGACGGGAGACUCGCGAGUUCCUGGUACGAAUGAACCUGUGGACUACGCAUUUGCCGCUUUUGUCAAAGGCAAGGACAAUCACCUAUAUCAGAUGGAGGGCUGGAAAAAGGGUCCUAUUGAUAGAGGUGCACUUCCUGAGGAAGACGAUUUGUUCUCGACCAAAGCGUUGGAGCUUGGUCCGCUUCAAAUAAUUAAUCUGGCGAAAGCAAGCGAAGGUAGAUUCAGCUGCAUUGCAUUGACACAUUCUAAAGUAUGAAUCUUCGAAUUUAAUCCAUGAAUAAAGCAGUAAUUCAGCCACCAAUACAGAAAUCUCAGCGAUUAUACUUGGAAUAAUUCUUGAGGCCUGUAUUUCUAGUGAAUUCAACGCAAAGGAGUUUCUAUCUGCGAAGGCCGUAAGUGUGGUCGGUUGUCUAUGAUCUCACAUUGCUUUCAUUUUGAAGGUAAGAGAGUUGAUUCUUGCUUGUUGCUUCGCAAUUUAAUCACAAGUCGAGAAAACCCUCAUACUACUACAGCACCUCAGCUAUUUAGUCAAACUCAGAUGCAUUAAGAGUAUAAUCUUUCCACUACCUUAAACUGAUAGCCACGGAUGGGUCUCGCUGGUCAAAC